AUGUUCAUUUCUCUAUUGUCAUAUAUUGCAUUACUUAGCAUUGCAAUACUCAAUAAAUGGCAGUCAGUUGACGCUGUUCGUAAUCGCAAACAUCGUGAUAAUUUGAUAGAUAAUCCGAAUUUUGGUCCUCUUCCGCCUCUACCAGGUGAAGCAGGUUCACAGGUUCCAAAGAAUUGGCAAACGCAACCUGUCCCAUUCUAUGACUUCUAUCAUGACGAUGCUCGCAUACAAGAACGAGCUUUUAAAGCCUACUGCAAUAAUAUGGUAAAUGCGUUCAAAGCGAAUGAAGAAAUUGAAGCAAGAAAAGAUUAUGAAGCUAGAGAACAACAAUAUAUUUUUAAUAAACAAGCACAAUACAAUGAUAAUAUGAAAGAUCAAUGGAAGAAAGAUCGAAUGAAAUCAUUGCCAAAGAAAUGUAUUCUUUCAAGCAAGACUUUAGAAGCGUUUCAUACUUUCUGCAAUGAUCAACAAUCAAUAGCUGCCAAAAAUGAACUUGAUGCUGCCAAGCGUCUUCUGGAAGCUAGUUAUGGUCAUGCGAAAACCUCUCAACCUGAAUCAGGUGGCGCUUCGAAAUCCUCUUGA